GUUUAGUGUUUCACUUCUGCUCGCCAGAUCAAGUCAAAUUUUUCUCUAUCGAGUUUCUACUUUAUUCAAUUUUUUGUUCGCAAAAUGUCCUCCAUUCGCAGCAUGAAUGAAUUCUACAAGCGCCUCGACGCGUCAGACCAUAAGUUGAUUGUACUUGACUUUUAUGCUACUUGGUGCGGCCCGUGCAAGGAUAUGGACAGCGUAGUUAAAUCGCUGGCCCAUAAAUAUGGCAGCCGGGUGGACAUAAUAAAAAUUGAUGUAGAUCGAUUUGACGACCUUAUGGAAAUGUACAAUGUGCGCAGUAUGCCAACAUUUGUGUUCAUCAAGAACAAUCGCAAGAUGAGCCGCAUCAUUGGCGCUGAUGAGCAUAAACUAAAGCAGACGGUUUACAAGCUCUGCGCUUUAUGAUGAGUGACAGAGAGAGAGAGAGAGAGAAGUGAACGACGCAGGCGUCGCCAUUUUAUCAAUAAACAUAGAGCUAAGCAAACUUUUUAUUAUAUGUAUGUAUGUAAGAUGUAACUUUGUAAUACGUAAUUGUAAU